ACAAAUCAUGUUCGAGCAGGACCGAGCCGGCCUCCGAGGACAAACGGUGACACAUCCGAUCGUGAUUCUUGUCAUAUACCAAAUGCUUCGUUAAACUGGUCAGUAUCAAAACGGAAUCACACAAAGUAACUGCCUGGCGUCGAGUAUUUAUACCUUAUUUUGAAAACUGGACUGAGGGAACCUGCGGGUCAUUGUUGUUGCUGUAGCGGUGGAGAAGACAUAAUCUGAGCUGGUCGUGUUGUUCCUAUCUCAGUUUGAAAGAUGAUGAAUAGUAUAUCUGAAUACUUUUGGGGAAGUGGGGAUGCUUCAUCUGAUCCCGUGGAGAUGAAGUCCAUGGAUAAUCUUUCUUCCAAGACAGAACAAGAAGUUACCUCCCCUCCUGACCCUUUGGCAGGCCUCAAGAAUUCCAUCACUCCUUCACCCCUAGGUGUGACCCAGUCUGUCACUUACGCUGAUUUCUACCCAAAGUGUCUUCAGUUCUCCCCCAAUGAGGGUUAUACAGAUUUUGAACCAUUCAGCACAGUCCUUGACCAGGCCAAUGAUUGGUUGGCAGCUAACCCCCAGUUUCGACUCAUGAAAUGUGAAAGCAUUCGAAAGAGGAUAAUGGAUGGCCCAAAAAUCGAAUUUGACAGUGUUCUUCAGCACGAGUCUUCCAACGGAAAGAAUUAUUUUCUGAAUGGUCUCAGACUCUGGUUAAGGGGGAGACAGGCCAGUGACCCAGAACCUGCCCAGCAGCUGGGUUGUAGGCACUCAGUACCCUGGCUGGCAGUGGACAGUGACGAUCUUCAGACACACCAGGGUAAACUGUACCCUAGCCAGUUCCUCAGUCUCCAGCAGAAAGUAGAAUGUAUCAAUGCCUCGUUUAAACAGAGACCCUUGCCUGGUAGCAUACUAACUGUGGAAUCUGUGUUUCUGAGGUCUUCAGACGCCCUGGAAUUACCUGGGUGGUCCCCAGAGCGAUCAUGCUGGUUGGAGGAUGGCAGACAAAAAAUUCAUUCUGUUACAAUUUUCAGAGUGUUUUAUGUCUUGGGUGAACCUAAAGACAUAGUGGAGAGUAUAGGCGUAGAAGAUUUCCUUCCUAAGAUCACCAAAGAGGCCAUGUCUUUUGCAUCCAAACCUCAUUUCCAAUCAUUCUCAGAGGUGCUAAAAUGCGCCAAGGCUUGGCUGAAAGGGAAUAAGCAAGUUCGAGUUGUUAAUAUUCAGUCCUCAUUUACAAAAGUUGAACAGAAAAACACAGGAAAAGCCACCUCACUCCGUCACCUCAUGACACACACAGAAAGUGAAAACGACAUCAGUCUUUACUUGAAACUUCUGACGAUCUUUUACGUCAAGCAGCUGAAAGUGGAAAAACUGUCCAGGGUGGAACUUAAAACACUAAAUGUCCAACCCAGCAGUAGCCCUGUAACAAAUAUAUCCAAUUCUGUUACUGUUCAUAAACCACAAGCCGUAAGCUACACAGAAGUGGUGACAUCAUCAGAUGAUGCUAUAACAAAAGAGAUGGCAUCAUCAGGUCUCACAUCAUCAUCAUCAUCAGCUGUGACAUCAUCAGAAUUAGCAUCAUCAGUCAAUGAAUGCUUCCCUGCUCCCAUAGAUAUACCCUGUUUGACAUGUAAACUGUUUGCACCUCUGAGACGAGGGCCUAAAACAUUCGAAUCAUUCUCAAGGACGGUGGAUCGUGCCAGCUAUUGGAUUAAAUGUAACAAAUCCCCUCUGCUAUUUCUCGAGUCCACAAGUACAUUGUUUUCAGAGAAUAUGUAUGGGAAUGGAGUGAAGGAGGGUGCAGUUCUGUUCGAAAUCAACCGACAAUUGGGGCGAUAUUUUUUGACAUCUGUGUGGGGAUACUUUGCAGACAGAACAGAAGAGUUGGUGAUGGAGGAAGUGUCAAACCCGUAUGUCAAGGUCGGGGAGGUCACAGCUGAUACUGCUGACUCUGGAGUUUUAUGAUGUCACAUGUCACAAUGUCACAUGUCAAGGUCACAGAUCAACAGGUCAUUGUCAUAAUAACGCAAGAUCACAGAUCAAAAGUUAAGAUUGUCUGUAUAAUUCAAUUCUCAAGGUCAUAAUCACACAACUAGGUCACAGAUUGUCAAGGUAAUCUGUAUAAUGACUAAAGUCAUUGUCACACCACUGCAUGUAUAUCUCAUUGGGCACAGUCACUGUUUUUCAAGUGGUAUCCCACAGUCAUGAAAAAUACUCAUUUUUAAGACAGAAAGUGAGAAGAAAUUAUUAUUUUUAUUUUCUAAGUGUUUCCAUCAACAUUUUUGUUUAUUGUUCAAGCAUUGAAUUGUUAUAAUUUAAAUAUUUUUGCUUCC